AUGGCCGCCGCCCUCGCGGAUUUGCACACCGCGGCGGAGCUCCAGAUGGGGUUGGGGAGCCACCCCGUCUUCAACUACGCCCUCGGCGUGGUGCUCGCGAAUCAACGGGAGUGGAUGAGGGCGAGGGAGGCCUUCACCGCCGCGAUCCGCGCCGCCGAGGCGGAGGGGAGGAGGGGGUCCAUUCUCAUUUUGGCGUUUCACGAACGGGCGAAAACGCGGCAGCUCCUCGGCGACGCGCGCGGCGCGCUGGAGGACUUCAACGAGGUGAUUCGCGCGCAGCCAGAUAACCGACAUGCGUUGAUUCGCCGCGCCUUCGCGCUGAAGGUGCUCGGGCAGUUUGAGACCUCCUCGCGGGAUUGGCAGCGCGCGAAGAGUCUCGACGGGGCCAACGACGCGAAUCGCGCGACCUUGGACGAGGCCUGGAUGAGAUUCGAGAUUCCCUUUGUCGAACUGUGUUUACCUGGUGAGGAGGACUCGGCCGUGUAG